UCCCAGGCCGGCGCCUCCCGUUGCGCACAGCACAGCGCGGCGCAGCGCAGUUGCCAACACUUCGCCAAGCGCACUUAGGGAUUUUUUUUUUCACCAAGCCACAGAUCAUCUGCUUGGAUAAGCAGCUCCAGUCUCAUGGAUGACAGUGUUUCAGUGCAGUUGAGGUACAGCAGGAGGAAGAGGGACGAGUCUGGUUCUCGCCAGCCCUGCGCAGUUUUACGCAAGGUGUGAAGCAGCUGCAGAUGAGCUGACAGUGACUAACAUCCGGACAGCUGCAUUACGUGGAUUUCUUCAGCAGCUGUCACUCAUGGUGUUCUUACCUUUUCCACUUUGAGCCGCAGUAAGUUUCUCUCCAGCUUCGCGUUCCUCCCCAAACUUCGGUCAGCGGAUCAUUUUUGACAGGAUGGGAUCUCAGCCCGGUGCAUCUCUCUACAAACAGACGCUUCUGUGGUUCAUUGUAGCAGUGUCUCAGUGUGUGCUGACACUGGGAUGUGGACCCCACUAUGACUACGCCAUCGAGGAGUUCUGUCUGGCCAAGUUCAGGCUGGACAUGCAGGAGCUAGAUCAGAGACGCUGGUGUAAUUGGGAGGACACAGUGGAGCUCUACGGUGACCUGACAAACUGCACGUACCUGGUGGCGUUGAAGAUGGAGUGCUUCUGGCCCAACCAAAUGGUGGACGAGUUCUUCAUCCAGGUCCACAAACACUACUUCCACGACUGCUCGCUCUCUGGAAGGCUCCUCAGGGACCCGCCGAACCGCAUCCUGGGGCCCUUCAUCGUCGUGCCCAUCCUGGUCACUCUUCUCAUGACGGCUCUGGUGGUGUGGAGGAGCAAACGCAGCGAGGGGAUUAUGUAGUCAACAGAACGUCGGUGGGAUUUUUGGGGAUUGUUCGCAAGACUCAUGCGACUGAAGUGAAGAGGAACAUUUUUGUCCCUAAUGUUGCACCACUCUCAUCUUCAGUAACCAAAGGAUGUUUGUGACAUAUGGAACAGACGUCAAUCAAAACCAGAAUCUCUGCAUUACUACGGACCUGGAGUCACAGCUGAAUGAGAUACAUCAAUACAAAGCUACUGCAGCUUUGUUUCACAUGGACUGAAAUCAUUUCACUUUUUACCAAACAAACAGGUGCUUCAGUACCAGAACAGGAACUGGUGGAAAAGUUAUUGCAAACAUAGAAUUUGCUCCAUCAGGAGAAUGUGCUUCAAAAGAAUUUUGGAUGUAAUGGUGCCACUAUUACAUUUGGAAAGCAUGAAAAUAACCCUCACAUAUUUAAGCAAACAUCUCCACAGUGCAGAACUUUACAAGGAGAUCUGUUUUUACACUCCAACAAGGAUACAAUGGAACACUCACGCUGACCUCUUUUUAAGAAACCCAGGGACAUCAGAUUGUGUAGAUACAGUACAUAUACUGUGCAAAGGUCUGACACCACUAUGUGAUUUGUUUUGUUGACCGUAUAUACUUAGUCUCUUUAUGAUAAUACAACCACUAAAUGCAGGAGAUAUGUUUCAAAAAAGGAAAGAAGAUUAUCAACUGAUUCUACAGGAUAAGGUGUCAAGUUCUGUGUUGCAUCUUGCAUACUUUACUCUGCACAGACUGUACAAAUGUAAAUAUAAAUCAGUAAAAGCAGUUGGAGAAUUAUGUCUUUGGAAUGACUCAGCACAAAUGUGCUUCAUAGUUCAUAAACGAUCUAAUAUGACUGUAUCAGAAUGAUAUUGGUAUCGGUAUGGUUCACUAUCAGUUAAACUGACAUGUAGGCGGACUGUCGGCGGGCGUCAGUUAUUGCUGUUGUGUGUGCGUGUAACGUUUUGUGCUGAGAAACGCAAAAAACUGGACGUAGUCGCGGGUGAGAAGACGGAAUCAACUCGGCUUGCACAAGUUAUGGUUGGAAACAAAAGCAUGCAUCAUCUUUUUUCCCAGUCAAAUCACACUCAAGGUUCUGCUCACACCCCAAUCGCUGUUCAGUCAUAAAUACCAAACAUGUUACACACUUACAAUUUGAAAUCAGGAAGACUCGGAUGCGUCCAAUGACGUUUAACUCGCAGUAUCACUUAACGCAGUGUUUUCUUAAUCCUGCUCCUGGAUUUUGACCCUCCACUCCAACACAGCUGCUUCACAUCAAUGGGUCGUUAUUUGCAGCACUUGAUGACGAGCUGAUCAUUUGAAUCAGGUGUGUUGGAGGAAGGAGGAGGCGUCAUCAUCCAGAGGACCAGGAUUGAGAAACACUGAUUUAAGACAUGCCUGAGCAUUAUAUACACAUCGUGUGAGCUGAACUCAUUGGACGUUUGCUAAUAUAUAAAGGCCAACAAACUGUAAACUGAAAAUGUAGUAUUCCUUCUGCAAAGUGUCUGAUUGGGAAUGCUUUUAUUUUUCACCCUGACAGUGAAUCUAAACACACUUGUAAUGCAUUGAAAUUAUAAUUUGAGAGAAACAGUUAAAGCAAAAAAAAAGCAAUUUUCACCAACUAUAUAAACACACCUGAGCAUAAAGUACUCCAAUUUAAAAUGAGUUCAUUUUUAUGAACUUUUUGUUCAUUUUUAUUUACAAAAAGAGGAAA